AUGGUGGUCUAUGCAAAUAAGCCGGUUACGUCUUUUGAUAAACUGUUUGCAGAAAUUAAAAACUAUGGAGCUUACCAGUUAUUUUUCUUUAUAACUGUUCAAUAUCUGUGUUUACCGCAAGCUGCACAUUUUGUUGUCAACUUCUUCAGUCUUGGUGGUUUAGCACCAAAUUAUAUCUGUAACGACAAUGAUUUAAAAUUUAACUAUUCUUCUAAAUUUGUAAAAGCCAACUCCGAAUUUGUUUGUCAACAAAUCACUCAAUGCGUCAAUUUAACAACACAAAAUGCUUGGUAUAGCAUUUAUGAGGAAUAUAAGUUGGUGUGUCGUGCCGACCAUAUCCGAUCAACAUUGGCAUCUUUAUUGCCAUUGGGUGUUGUUACCAGCUAUCUCACUGCUGGAUACCUAACUGAUCGAUUUGGUAGGAAAUGGCUUAUGGUAGCUGGUAUAUUAAUUGAAACGCUGUUCGGUUUUGCACAAGCAACGCUAACACCAAGUUGGGAAUACUAUGUUUUGUUUAUUGUGCUUAAUGCUCUCGUUUCACCGGUUUCACUGUUUACGGGUGCUGCAUAUUCACUGAUUAUGGAAUCAGUUAAUUCUAAAUAUCGGCUUAUACAAGGAUAUGCUUUUCAAUUUUGUCUCGGUUAUAUUUUUGCUGGAACAUUGGCAUAUUUUACUAAAAAUUGGCGAAUGCAUUUAAUUAUUGCAAAUUUAAUCGCAAUACCAGGUUUAAUUAUGACGCUGUUUAUUCAAGAAAGUCCACGAUUUUUAGCACAAAAGAAACGGUAUCGUAAGGCAGCUCAAGUAAUGACACGUAUAGCUAAAUUUAAUGGUAGAAAAAAAAAUUUUACUGAAGAUGAAAUACAAGCAACGCAGGCGGAAAAUAUUACCAAAACAGGUAAAAAGUGCACAGUGUUGGAUUUGCUUAGAAGUCGAAAACUAGUCAAAUAUACUAUAUCACAAGUAACUACUGGUAUUGGAAUCAAUGUUGUCGGCAAUAUUCUUUUGUAUAAUAUUCAAGAUUUGUCUGGUAAUCCGUUGUUCAAUGUAGCGCUAAUGGGAGCUUUGAGAAUUUGGACUCCAUUUGUUGCAGUUUUUCUUGAAAAUGGAGUGAAAAACUUCGGUCGUAAAACAUUUCUGGUACUUUCACAAGGUUUGGUAUGCUUUUGUUUUGCCGGUAUUUUGCUUUUGUCGGUACUAAAUGUUUGGGAAGAUUAUCAUAAAAUUGCAACUGCUAGUGCUUUAAUUGGUUAUGUAUAUUGUGAAAGAAAACGAACAAAUGAGUCUUUAAAGCUUGAAAAAAUUUAUAAAGGUUCAUUUUUAGGUUACGCAACCGAAAGUGGUUUUGUAUGGUUUGCGUAUAAACUAUAUACAACAGAAUUAUAUCCAACUGUAAUCCGAACUACCGCACUGAAUGUAUUUAGUACAACAAGUCUUAUUGGAAGUGUUAUGUCGCCGCAACUUGUUUAUCUUUCUAAGUUUUGGCAUCCGGCACCAUAUUUUGGAGCAGCAAUAAUAACACUGUUGGCAACAGUAUUUGCUCUUGUUCUACUUCCAGAAACCAAAGGGAUUCCUCUUCCCGAUACUUUGUUAGAGGCUGAACAGGAAGACAGAUAUAAGAAAAAACUGAAACAUCGGCAGCAACACUUCAAUGUUAAAUCAAAUGCUGCUUUGCUAAAAGAUGAUACAAAAGCUCAAAAUGAUUCAUUAGAUCCAGAAAAGUGA